GCGGAAACCAGUUUGAUGCGCAAAGUAGUCCACUACAGAAUGAACGUGUUACAUGCCAUCGGUUUUGCGGCGGUGAUCUAUGCAGUGCAAGCGUCCGUUUACCCGGAUCACGUCUCGGACCUUCUCGCCGAUCUCCAGUAUAUCUAUAACAUAGAUCAGCUCCAGAAGACGAUACCAGUAUCAAGUUAUUACCCAGAAGACCCGUACAAUGAUAAGAUAGCAGACGACUGGGAUGUUGUCUACCCUGACACAAUCUCUGAUCCCAAAGAACCACGUGAUUACGGGGAGGCGGCGCUCAGAGACCAAGAAUACAUGAAGCAGUUGCCAAUUUCCGGUUACCAGUUCAUUUCAGGCGGCACUGGGAAAGAGGACCCUGUUGAAGUAAAGACAGACAAAGUACUUCCGGCAUACUGUACCCCGCCGAACCCCUGUCCAUUUGGCUACACAGGGGAAGAUAACUGUGUAAAGGAUUUUGAAAACACUCCAGAGAAAAAUCGACAAAUCCUUGAGGAACAAGACUGUCCGUGUGACGCUGAACACAUGCUUAGUUGUCCCCCAGGCAAGAAAACUAUCGAUCCUAAAUCCGGAUUUGUCAGUGACGGCAUGGGUUCGGCAGAUAACACCGAUCUUGGAUCUCUUGGUUCACUAGGAUCCGCGGAUGACCUCAAUCUGUCAGAGAAUCCAUACUUUAGUUUGGACACGAAGCGACAAAAACUCGUUGCCAAGAAAUCUCCCCAUUUCAUAAAGAAACGGGACAACUCCGAGCGUUUCCAAGACAUGUUCCCUUUCAAUUUGGAGGAAGAUUUAGAUGACGUCAACCCGUACUUCUUUGGUCAGCCGAAAAGUAUAGCCUCAAAAAAACAAGCACCCGACCACAUGAUCAAAUAAUAUAAUCGUUUCUGUGACUCUGUGAAUGUUUAUUUUUGUAUGAUAUAUAAGAUAUAUGUCUAUUUUGAAAACAUAGAAAAGAAAACGGUAGGCCUUAUUUCAUUCAAUAGGAGGCGGUAAUAAAUUCCAAGGUAUUAUUAAUUUUGCUUAUAAUCUAUCGUUUUUACUUUUAGUUGAAAUAUACUUUUGAUUAUGCAUUGUGCGGAAAACUGUGAAAGUGUAUCAUUAUAUGCAUUCAUAUUACUUUUAUUGAUUAUUUACGGAGAAACAAAAUAACAAAUAUAUACUAUAUUACAUGUAUGAAAGAACUGAUCCACGAGACUAUUAUUUCGGCUGAUUGUACGGUACAGCCACAACCAGUAUGUCAUAAUGGCUUUAUACGCUUUUUUAUUAACAUUAAAUAUAGAGAAUAUUAGGUUACUGUCUGAUAAAUUUAAAUUUAUUAGGCGAGUUGAAGAAAAUAUAUUAGGCGAGGAAUUCUAUUUAUCCUACCUGUUCAGAAAAUUGGGAAAAAGCCGUUGGAAAGAGCAACAGCGUGCAGAUUUGACGUCAUAUAAUAUGACGUUUGCUGGUGUAAUUCAGUCUGUGGAAAAUUGAAAAAAUGCAAUAACUUUUUUGUUUCGGGAUAAAAACUUUUGAUUUUACCACUUAUUUUCUUAGUUAGAACAUUUCCAAUACAAUGAUAACAGUUUCAAUGAAAAAUUCGGGAAAAAAAUUGUUUUCGAAAUUUCCGGCUGAAGUGCUGUAAAAGUGAAAAAUAGCAAUAACUUUUUUGUUUCAGGAUAAAAACCUUUGAUUUGACCACUCAUUUUCUAAGUUGAGACAUUUCCAAUACAAUGGUGAUGAUUUAAAUGCAAAAUUUUGAUAAAAUAAGUGAUUUCAAAAGUUUCCGCAAAAGUGAUAUCUUGACACUGACUAGAUAAAGCAAAGUUUAUUAGGCAGGCCAAUAUUGUGCUUUAUCUUAUAUGAGGGUAGGAUAAAAAUAGAGAAUAAUAGGUUAGUGCCGUAGAUGAGAAAGUUUAUCUGGCGAGGUGGAGGAGGUUAUCGGGUGAGCCGAAGGCGAACCUGAUAACGUCCGGAGCCGAGCCAGAUAAACUUUCUCCAUCUUAGGCACUAACCUAUUAUUCUAUUUAUCUUGUCAUUACUUCAUUUUCCGAUAUUUGGCAAUUUAUUUUACAAAAAUAAGUGUGCGACAACCACUUUAAUGACGUCAUAUUCGUAAUGACGUCACUUAUAUAAUGACGUGAUUACCGGCAAAAUCGCAAUAACUUCUUCGUUUUUGAAUAAAAACUCAUUAUUUGACCACUCAUUUUCUUAGUUCGGACAUUUCCAACACAAUGAUGAUGGUUUCGUUGCAAAAUUUCUUAUGACAACAAUAUCGAUCAUAAGGUCACAUGAUCAACUGACCGUAUAUCACUGGUCACAUGAUCAACUGACGGUAUAUCAAGAAAGAUACACGGCACCCUGAUAUCGGGUCGAAAAUACUGCAAGUGACAGGACAAAUGAUAGUUUCUUGUCAGAUUUUUGCCAUUAACAUAUUAUUGGAUUACCUCCCUAAAUGCUCUAAAAUUGUUUUCUAACAAUUCGUAGAAUGAAGCACUCUUUUUGUUAAUUUUGAUAAGAUUAAAAGCACUAUGGAACUUUAGGUUUUGUAAAAAAUAUCUUGUUGCUGAUCUUGUAAAUGCAAAUCAAAUUUGAUAGAAAAAUAUCUGCUAGUUGUGUGGAAAAUAUAUGAUUUUUUCUUCGAAUUAAAUAAUAUAGACAUUAUAAUAUCGGAAUAAUAUCGGCUAAUUCUGGUUUUUAAUUAUUUAUGGGUGCCUAAUAUCUAAACUAUUAAGAUUAUUAUUAUACCAGAUUUGUUGAGCGCCCUUUUCAUAUGUAAUAUACGUUCAAAGGCGCUUUGAAAGAUGUGAAGUUGUUCUUUUUUUCUUUUUUUUUUAAAAGGUGAUUAUCAAAUCUCACCUGUUCAAAGCCUUUUGCAAGUUUUUUAUUCGUAAUUAAGUUAGAUAUUAUAAAUUUGGUCAUACGUAGUAUUACACGAAAUAUUUGAGGAUAGUGUAUAUAUAAGCUUAUUUAUAGUCGCCAUCGAUAGCCUACAAGGACGACUCUAGUAAUUUUAGUGGAAAGAUAGUGCAAGUACAGAAGACGCUCUAUUUCCAGAAGCUUUCCUGGUUCUUUACCAUGUCAGAUGUAGAGCACCUAUACAUAAGACUUUUAUCCCAUUGUAAAUAAUUUUAGAUGGAGGAACGGGAACUCGAACCCACGAUCCCUGGUUUCUUGGUCAGGCAGGGUUACUACUGGACCACUGUGUCCGUUCUAGUGGUGUGUACAGCACACUAGGGUGAUCCUUUUAUGAACGUUUCUAACUUCAAUUAUAAAUAGUUCUAACUACAACAUGCUAAAGGCUUACAAAUAUGACGUAAGAACCUAAGAAAAACAACCCAUCGUGAAUUUAUAGAUAUUUUGUGUGUACGUUGUAUGUUCCCAAUAACAAAAAUAUAGAGCUGAAUUUAUCAAGUUGCUUGUUUUAUUAUUCAAUAUUUUAUCUGUAGUUUUUGUUGAAAAAUAAAGUAUUUCAGAACAGAA